AUGGUCCCCAGCCCCUUCACUCUCAAAGUUCCCGCCUCUUCUGCCAAUAUUGGACCUGGUUUUGAUGUUUUGGGGAUUGGUUUAAACUUAUAUUUGGAAAUAGAUGUUAGAAUAGACCCUAGUGUUGACACCUCAGAAGAUUCAUUCCAUGGAAGGUUAAGCUACGAGGGAGAAGGCAAGGAGGGAGUUCCUUUAGACACUGGUAAGAAUCUUGUAACUCAGACGGCAUUGUACGUAAUGAGAUGUAACGGUUUUGAAAAAUUUCCCAUGGGAACUCACAUCCACGUUAAAAAUCCAAUACCUUUAGGAAGAGGAUUGGGAUCAUCGGGAGCAGCUAUUGUUGGAGGUGUAAUGUUGGGUAAUGAGAUUUGCCAGUUGGGUUUUGAUAAGAUCAGACUAUUGGACUACUGUUUGUUGAUUGAAAGACAUCCAGAUAACAUCGCUGCUGCCAUGUUGGGUGGAUUCGUUGGCUCUUAUUUGAAUGAGUUAACCACAAAAGAAACGAAUGAUAAGUCUGUUCCAUUGGAAUACAUAUUGCCAAAGGAUAGUACUCCAGAAGAAAAAAUCGUAUCCACUGCUCCUCCCAAAGAUAUCGGGGAAUACUUGAAAUACAACUGGAACCAUAAGAUCAAGUGUGUGGCAAUAAUUCCACAGUUUGAGGUUAAAACUGAUGAUGCUAGAGCAGUAUUGCCAGAUUCGUAUACUAGAUCUGAUAUUGUCUUCAACUUGCAGAGAUUGGCUGUGUUAACUAGCUGCUUGGGACAAGAUCCCCCAAAUAGUAAAUUGAUUUACAACUCCAUGAAAGACAAGGUUCAUCAACCAUAUAGAGCCAGUUUAAUUCCAGGUUUGACCGAAGUGUUACAGAAUAUCACUCCGUCAUCAGUCCCUGGUGUUUGUGGAAUCUGUUUAUCUGGAGCAGGACCUACGAUAUUAUGUUUAGCCACGGAAAAUUUUAACACCAUAGCUGAAACCAUCAUUGAUGUUUUCAAAUCCAGCAAUGUCAAUUGUCAAUGGAAGUUGUUGGAUUUAGCUUAUGAUGGUGCCACGGUAAGUAGACAUUAG